AUGAGGACAUCGAUCUUGUUCUCUCUUGUUGCGUUUACAGCAUCGGCUGUCAAUGCUCAUGCCAUUUUUCAACGCAUCAAAGUUAAUGGUGUAGACCAAGGACAACUCGUCGGCGUUCGUGCUCCAGCCGUGGACAACCCUGUAAAGGAUGUUACCUCUCCGGAUAUCGCUUGCAAUACAGGUCUCAAAGCGCCAGUAUCAACUGCCGUGGUCACUGUUCCUGCUGGAGCAAUUGUAUCAGCAUGGUAUCAACAUGUUCUCGGUGGCCCACAAAUGGCAGGUGACAAGGACAAUCCUAUUGCCGCCAGUCAUAAAGGGCCCCUUAUGGUUUAUCUCGCAAAGGUUGACAAUGCAGGCACUGCUAGCUGGACAGGCUUGGAGUGGUUUAAGAUCGCCGAAGAAGGUCUAGACAUCACGACAGGAAAAUGGGGUGUAGACACGAUGAUCGCUGGCAACGGAUGGUGGUCUUUUACAAUGCCCUCUUGCGUCGCUGCCGGUCAAUAUUUGAUGCGAGUCGAACUCAUUGCCCUUCAUUCGGCAUAUGCGAGUGGCGGAGCUCAAUUCUACUUCUCAUGCUCUAAUGUCAAGAUCACUGGUUCUGGGACAACCAUUGGCAACGACACAGCCAAGUUUCCUGGAACUUACGCAGCAAAUGAUCCAGGAAUCUUGCUCAACAUCUACAAUGGCACUCUGCCAAAUAAUGACUUGAAGCCUUACGCUAUUCCAGGGCCAAAGCCUAUGCAAUGCUAAAUGUUAAGAGCAUGGGAUCCAGAAGGGGCUUGAAGUGAAGCAUAGAUCUACCAGGGUUGGAAACUCUAUUUGCUUCCAUGAAGGAGAAAGCUUAGGAUUGGUGAUAUAACAACAUGCUCACCCACCUAUCUUCAAG